AUGCAGUCGUUGGUGAGAGAGGUAGAGCAGGCCUUCCGUGAAGGUUAUCUGGAGCUUCAAAGGUCACAACAGACGGCAACUACAGUUGAGGCUUUGAGGGUGGCAGCAGUAACAGCUCGGGAGGAGCUGGCUACCAGGUAUCGCGAGCUAGAGGCUACCAUGGCACAUAACCAGGCAGCGGUGGACAUUUUAGUAGCAGAGAAGUCUGCCUUGUUGAUACAGUUGGAAGAGGAGAGGGCCUCGAGGGAGCUGUUGGAGACUCGAGUUGUCAGUGCCUUGGAAAAUGUGGACAAGAAGGAUAAGGAGGUACUCGAGGCAGCCUAUAUGAUUGGAGAGUGUGUUGCUGUAUGGUGGAGACCUAAUUUUGAGACAUUGAUGUAUCCUUAUUGCCCGCCACAUAUAACAAAACCAAAGGAAUGCAAGAAACUCUUCCUGGUUCAUUUAUCUGAAAGGGAAUAUUUUGCAGUUCCGAAAAACUUGAAACUUCUUGCUGUUCCAUUGUUUGAGCUCUAUGACAAUGUCCAGAGAUAUGGUCCGGUUAUCUCAACUAUUCCGCAACAGCUCUCAAGAUUUACUUUUAACAUGAUUAAUGCCUGAUUUCCAUUGGGGGUAUGUUUUCAAUGGUGAAGAAUCUUGAGCCUUCUUUUUUCGGGCAGUGGACUUCAAAUUUGUAUUUUAUUUUCAAAUGUCUUCUGGAAAGACUGAAUUAUGAGGCUCACGAAAUUGUGGCUCCUAUGUAAGGUUGGGAGCUUUAUACUUACCCUUAUUAUUGGACAUGUUUUGGCCUGUACGUUACAUAUAGUUUUUGUUGGUUGUAGGUAUUAAAUAUUUAAUACUAGUGUCUAGGAUUGUGCUUGAAAAGCCUGCAUGUUUCUUUGGUGAAAAUUAGACUGAAAAGACGAGCAUAUCAAGACUGAAUCACUCUGCCACCCAAGUGUAUUGCUAGUGUUAGGAGGGUUAGUUCUUAAGUGAAUCUUAUUUACUUAUGUAGUUGAUUUGGGCAAAAGGUCAGAUGAGAAAUUGAUAUUAUGAAGAUUAUGGGGAUGUCCUUGAAUGAUUUUUGUUAAAUUGGGUCACAUAUUAGGGAUCUGCUCUGACGAGUUAUUGUUAAUAUUUGCAGUACUGUUUACGUUGAGCCAAGAGCUUUAAUGUGUACAAUGCUAUAGAUACUGUUCCUUUUUGUUGGAAUUCAAGACGUUCAUAUUCAAUUUCUUCAA